AUGGCGGAGGAGACGAAGAAUGUUGCUGUAGUAGAGGAAAGCACCCCCACUCCCAGCAGCACUGAGAGCAAACCCACCAAGUCUGAAGAAACUGUCGUUGUUGCAAUAGCAGAAAAGAAGGCGACGAAAGAGAGUUGCCAAGUUAUUGAACAAGAGACCAAUAAAGAGACCAAUAACCACGAAAUCACACCUCCUGCAAGCCCAAGCCUGGGUUCUGAGGCGUCGUGUAGCACUGUACCACCGUUAAGUCCUCCACCGAGUCCAUCUCGCAACAACAAUACUCGAUCCGCCUUGAGUCCAACACGAAGUCCUCGAGACGAAAAGCAUCGCCUCCAUAAUACUCCUCAAAUGAUGGUGCUCGGCAAAGAUGCAAGUGAUUUUCAAGACUUGAUGAUGUCGUCCACGAAACGAAACAGACAUGGGGACAAGCAACAAGCCUUGUUGGAAGGGGAAGAAAAGGAACCUGAAGAGUUUGCAGAUGAACCAUCGGAACAACACAACCAUGAAGCAGAUGACGGUAGUGGCACUUCGUGGUGGAAGAGCUGGUGGCAUGGCAAGCCUACUUCUACGACUACUACAGGAAGAAGAAGAAAUGGCGCUGGCAACAGGUACACCAGUAUGGGACACGCUCCAGUGGGUACAGUUGCUGGAUGUUUAUCGCAACCACAAACUCCACCAAGUCCAACAGCAACGAUGGACGAUGAAGAAGCACAAGUCUACUAUCAGAGCAUUGACAGUCCCGAAAAGCAGCAAGACGCCUCACAGGACCGCAAUAACAACACUAUUUCGAUUGGGAAUAUGCACCAAUCUAUCCUACGCAAUCUACCGCUACCGACGACCAAAGAAGAUCAAAUCCAACAAGAUUGUUCCUUCCUGUACAGACCCGUCGAUGAACGCAAUGGCUGCUCUCCCAAACGAAACAACAACAAUCGAAGUUUACGAGCAGUCCUGGAAACUCCACCCCAAGGAGUCUCCACGCUUUAUCGUGAUGCGCAAGAUGUACUCUCACCUCCAGCAGUAGCACAAUACCAAGCCAAAUAUCAUCAACUCAACCAAGAAUUCGCCCUCAAAGAAGAUGAUCGCUUUGAAGACUACAACGACUACGCCGUCACACCGCCUAUUCUCGCAGGACCACAUGACCUGACAUUGGAAGAACAACAGGAACAACGACAAAACUCCAUUGUGACCAGUAAAAGAUCAAACUCUUCCCUCCUCUACGAACAAAAUGGACGCGUCGUGUUGCGAUUGCCGCGAGAUCACGUAAGGCUCCUAGUGGCAUCGUCGCCUCACGAAACGCUGGAACCGGGUAUUUUAAGUGUCAUUCAAUGUCGACGCCCCGACGAUCCACCCAGCCGAAAACUCGAAUACUGCCUCACGGUUCCCUCCAAUCUCUAUCAACGCGUCUUUUCGGAAAUGUCGCGUUCCAAGAAAAAGCACAGUGAAGGAUUGGAUUUGACAGUGAUUGCCUCGGAUCAUGCCGAUAUUCGAGUCGCUAUAGGAAUCAUGGUGGUCAUUUUGACCAUUCUGGGUAUCUUUACGCUGGUCUAUGGGUUGGAUUAA